ACCAGUGUCCCCAGUCCCCGACCAGUGUCCCCAGUCCCAGAUCAGUCCAUCCCCAGUUCUACAUCAGUCCAUCUCCAGUCCCCGACCAGUGUCCCCAGUCCCAGAUCAGUCCAUCCCCAGUUCUACAUCAGUCCAUCUCCAGUCCCCGACCAGUGUCCCCAUCUCCCCAGUCCUAGAUCCGUCCAUUCCCCGUCCCAGACCAGUCUCCCCAGUCCCAGAUCAGUCCAUUCCCCAUCCCAGACCAGUCUCCCCAGUUCUAGAUCAGUCCAUCCCCAGUCCUAGAUCAGUCCAUCCCCAGUCCUAG